UUUUCCGCGAGAUCUGAAAACGCCAUGUCAAAUGUGGCGUGGAUACAAAGCUGAUGAUUGUACGAACUGCUUUCAAACUAGCCCUGAAUUUUGCAGCAUUCAAUGUCUGUCAGGGCAGAGCAGCAAGACACAUCAGUUUUUCAGCACUUCUACUCCCAUAUUGUUUCGCACUGGGUCUACUAUGGCUCACUUUGAAAGAAAAUGGCAGGAUAGAGCAGUUGCACCCAACCGUUCGCAAGUUCGAGCGCUGGAAACGACCAGAAAUUAGCAAUUUAAACAAUUUGUAUGUCCAUCUUGGAGUGCCGAGUGAUGCAAAAAGUUCCAAGAUUGCGUUCGAACCGCCCUGGAGUCAAACACAUGUGUCAUACAUACCGAAAUCCGGGGAGGCAGAACUUGUUCCUGGGCAGAUGUUCAUAGGCUCAUAGGUACUCGCACAGCAAAUCUUAGGCAAAUUUCAACAGAUGCGCUGUACCUGGUGUAGUUUUCGAAGGAUUGGGCAGCAUAAGUAUUGUACACGGCAUGCCGGGCAUGUGGGAAAGUCGCCCCUUUGACAUGCAAAACAGCUCAACCGGUAGCAGAAACACAAAAUUUGAGCGAAAGCAGCUGGUGCAGGAUGCGAGGUCGUAAGGCUGACACAUCCCAGCGUUGUGCAGAAGUUUGGCUGAGAACACUGAGAACGCAUCUUUGGAAUCCAAAAGCGAACGACACCGAGGCUUCAGUUCCUAUGUGAAGUCAGUGAAGUCGUCUCCGGUGUGGCCUGCAGCUUCAAGAGUUUGACCUCCGAUGCACUAAAUUGGUGGGCAAAUAAAGGAAUCUCGUCCCAAGUUGCAACCUGAAUGCCUUCGCUAGAUUUCUCACAAAUCCGAAGCGAAUUUUCCUUGCAGAGGCCUCUGCAACCGUUCAAGUGUUGCUUUGAAUCAAACAAGCUAGGACGGUGAACUUCUUUCCGAUCAGAGAAAAAAUCUCAGCUGCAACAACUGUUCACUCUAUUCAGGGCAUGAAACUUAGAAUACGUGCAUUCCACACACACUUCCACGCCUCACACUAGACUUAGACACUUGUGUCGCAAGACCCACUGAAAACGGCACUACUUUCGUCGGUGUUCGUCACCGGGUCACCUUCUUGACGGGGCCCCUCGGUAGGCGCCUUUGGUCGAGAAACUGAUAACAUGGUUGACAUAUGUUGACAUAUUGUUUACAUAAUUAAUCAUCAUUGGCCCUAAAUGUUUUUUGUCUGUGUGUGGAAAUUCUAAUUCUCUACACCAUUUUUUUUCGCACCGGAAGAGGAUUUUAUGGAUUUUAUAUUGUAAUAUCCACCAACGGCUUGACCACUAGCAUCACUAGCAGCAAAAGUUCCACCCGAACCCGACUAACAAGCGGGGAGGCUGUAAGCCGCGACGACGGGUCGUAAGGCUGACACAUCCCAGCAUUGUGCAGAAGUUUGGCUGAGAACACUGAGAACGCAUCUUUGGAAUCCAAAAGCGAACGACACCGAGGCUUCAGUUCCUAUGUGAAGUCAGUGAAGUCGUCUCCGGUGUGGCCUGCAGCUUCAAGAGUUUGACCUCCGAUGCACUAAAUUGGUGGGCAAAUAAAGGAAUCUCGUCCCAAGUUGCAACCUGAAUGCCUUCGCUAGAUUUCUCACAAAUCCGAAGCGAAUUUUCCUUGCAGAGGCCUCUGCAACCGUUCAAGUGUUGUUUUGGAUUACACACUUUGCAGUAGUGAGACAGCCAAAUGCAGGUUGCCACCGAGUUCCUUCCCACUGCACUGCAGAUCUUCCGGCGACGAUUUUCUUGUGGCAGACCAACGGCCAACCAACAGCUGGUUUCAUCCCCCUUCCAAUGAUUGGCUGAGAAGACCAGUUGCUAUAGUAGUCAGAGUAAGAGUACAAUGAUGCAGUCAGGUCGUGCAAAGGUUUGCAGUUGUGCCAGAGCACAAAGUCGAGCAGCUUGUGAGGUCGCUUUCUCGAAAGUAGGCUGUUGGCGACACGUUGCGCUUGCGCGUUGACAGAAGAUUCCCCCAGCCUUGAGGGGCUUCCGUGCUCCAAGUCAUUGGGCAGUGCUUUGACUUCGGAUUCAUGAUGGUCAUGUGCCAAACACGAUGUGCCUGAGUCCAGUACACACAGUACACACAGUACUUGCCCUUUCACGAGCAACCAAAAGAUUGGAUUCUGCCAAUCAAGCGACGCAUUUGAAGAGAAAUCCUGGCAGCGUUGCAAGCUAGAGAUUCCGCCAUUUUCUUUACAUCAGUGAAUUCAAAAAAUGUCCUGUCGAAGUGCCACCAUGUUCUGAAGGAGACAAUGUGGUUUUCUGCCGGAGCUGAAGUGUUUGUUUCAGGAUGUGCAUUUGAGAGGUACAUUUCCGAGCCAGUCCCGUGCAUCUCAGUGUCAGUGCCGGUGUCACAAUGCUUGAUCUACCUUGAUCUACCUUGACAUGUUGGUGAAAAAAUGUCAUGUUUGUAGCUGUCCUACCUGUCCUAGAAUCUCAACGGCUGAUGCUUUCAAUGACCCGCGGCCCUGGUCACCAUGGGUCACCAUGGGUCACCUGAGUGCCUGAUCCGAGCGACCUGAGUGCCGACCUUUGGCCUGGGCCUACAGGGCCUACAGGGCCUACAGGGCCUUGUUGGGCUUCACAAUGCCAGCCCACAAGUGCGAAUCGGAAUCGAAAAAUGUCACUGAAAAAAUGCCCACAAAAUUUCUGCCUUCGCCAAAUGACGUUUCUCAUCCAUCCAUCAAUCCAUCACUUCAAGGACAAAUGUCUUACUUAUGUUGAUGAGCAAAACAUCUGAAAUCUUAGUGACUUAGUGGUUCUUGGAAAGCGAUAUCUCUGAAGAAAAAAAUUGCCAUGACAAUGGAGUCCGAUAAUGCCACCGUUCAAAAAAGUCGCCGUUUGGUGCUGCAAACUGGUGCCAGAAAAUUCACAAACAAGAAAGGCCUUUCUGCCAAAUAAAGGUCGUUAUGGAAAAACUAUUGGCAAAAUGGCAGGACUGUUCAGGAUUUUAAAGGCUUAGAGCCUCUAACAGAGCCUCUAACAGAGCCUCUUAGAGCUGGUAUGUGAAGUGUCUUUCUUUGGUCCAGGACACAACGGGGACAACGGGGACAACUUGGACAACUUGGACAACAUCGGGCAGCCAACGGACGGCCCUGGCCGGACUUCAUUGGCCCUUCCUGGCCCUUUAUGGCCUUCCUGUUCCUUUCGCACAAAUGGACCUGUCUCCAAAAUUGCAUGACAGCGUCGGAACCGUACGUCACGCAUUCCCUUUCAAGAGUCAGUCUCACAAGAAUUUUGUUGCGUUCUUUCAACAUGUUCAAAUGGAGACGCAAAGUUUGGCAGGUUCAUUGUCACAUGUGGUGACAACCCUUCUCACUAGCCACUAGCAACAAUCAGAUUUAGCGUCUCGGUGCGGAUGGUGGAGGUUGCCAUGCAGGUGUCUCUUUUUUUCGUCAGCAGCUUGGUUAAAUCAACGAGGAAUUCGAGCAUGUCAAAAAGUCACGGCGCUUCACGGAGGCCAUCAAAAAAGUGACUUCGGGGAACCCAGAACUCAGCUUCACUGGCAGACUUGGCAUGGAGGCUGUCCCUGCUGUGGCAUGCUUUUCAUGCUUUUCAUGGUACC